AUGAAUUCAACAGAUAAUGAAUUUAUAAACUUAAUGACCAAUACGUCAUCAAUAUGGGUACAUCAACAAUUGAUUAUUUGUAUUAUUAGUGUAUUACUUGGUACUUUUCUUUUUAUUGUAACAUUUAUUGUACCGGCUGUGAUUAUUUUAUGUCGAAUACGACAUGAUAAACGUCAAGUGAAUUUAAGAGAACUACGACGUAUUAGUGAUUUUAUGUAA